CAUUCAUACGCCGUCGCAAAGGUGGGGUGGGAGCAGUGCUACACGGGGCUCCUUCCGCAUGCCAGCUCGACGCUGUACGCCAUUGAGAAUGAGCAGCCGGUGUGGUUGAAUCAGACGGUGGUGAAGAUGGUGCGGAAUGAUGGCGAGCGGCUUGCGGUUGGGGCGAAGUGGUUGGCCUUGCUGUUAGGGUGGGGUGCAUAUCUCGCGUUCGCAUGAGUAUAUAACACGGUAGGAUCAGCGCCUUGCAUACCGUUUACGUUAUUGAGCGUGGUGAUGUAACUUGCCUUACUUUAGUCAGGGCUUACCACGCCCUAGGCUACAGGCAACACUGAACAUGAAUAAAUGAUCAACACGCAUCUCAAUCCUGUGUCCCUCAUAUUCAUCCCAGAGACCGGCGCCUUGAUCCGAGUACCAUAUUCUCCCCCUCGAUGAAGGUCAUCGUCGUCGGCGCCGGGCUGAGCGGCAUCGGCACCGCCCUCGCUUUCCGACGAUAUGUCAAGCAAAAGGUCGAGAUCAAAAUCUACGACCGCGCCAACGCGCACGACACCGGGCUGUAUGGAUGGAAUGAUCACGCAGACUUACGCCUGAAAAACCAAGGCGCGGCAAUAAGCCUGCAAGCCAAUGCUCUGCGGGUCCUGCAAGAUCUUGACCCCGAGCUCGCCGCCACCGUUCGCGCUUCGGGAUUCCCGUGCAAAGGCUUCACGUGGAAGACGGCGGGGAAUUACUCGUUGGGCAGGGAGCACGUUGACCUUCUGCCCAUUUCGCGGCCGGUGCUGGUGCAGUGUUUGGCGAAGGCCCUGCCGGCGGAUGUUGCGGUGCAGUAUCGCACCAUUUCCAAGGUGGAGGUUGGAAACGCGCAGAAGCCUCGACUGCAUUUCGAGGAUGGAGCUACUGAAGAGGCGGAUCUGGUUGUUGGAGCGGAUGGCAUUCGCAGUAUGACGAGACAGGCUUUGUUCGGGGACGACGAGAGGUAUCAGCCGAACUAUCUCGGCCACUGCGCAGUCGGCGGAGUCCUUGAUAGAAAGGUGUCCCUUCCCCAAUCGUACCUCGACGACCCAACGAUCAUGUUCUACGAAGGCCCCAACGGCUUCUUCGGAUACAGCGGUCUGAGUCAAGCCGAUCCCACCAAGAUCCUGUACUUCUCGAUUUACGACUCUCCGGCGCCAGACCGCCAUAACCUGGACUACGAUCUCAUCAAUCAGGAGCUUCGCGAACGCCAUGCCGACUUCGCUGACCCGCUGAUCGGACUGUGUCUGAGCGAGGCAAAGGUCGAUAACGUCUAUCCUGUCUGUUGGCUGCCUGACUUACCGCGUUGGGGUCGAGACGGUGUUGUUCUGGUCGGUGAUGCGGCGCAUGCAAUGACGCCGGCUAGUGGGCAGGGCGGCAGCCAAGCUUUCGAAGAUGCCCAAACCCUCGGCCUUCUUCUGGCAGGCCACCUCGAAAGACACGGUACCGCAGAAGCCGUGGAGCAUACCAUUACAGGCCUGUACAACGUCAGACACCGGCACGUCGAUGCCCUCAAAGCCAAAGGUCUGAGCGUGAAAGAGCCCGAACGGCCUUGGUCGACUUUGACGACAGCGCUUGUAUAUGUCGGCCUUCUAGUCCUUGUCCAGGUGAAGAAUAUCUCGGGGUACUUGGGAACGACCGACCCAGUACGAAACUGGGAUUCGAAACGUGAGGUUGCGAAGUAUCUGGGCAGUUCUUAGGCGAGAUGCCGGCGGAGUCUCGCCAGCCUUGCUUUGCCCAUGAUCGCCAGCACAGCCUCGUGGCUGAAACCAGCAUGACCACAAUCGAUCGCACGGAGACUACUCAUUCGAAUAUUCUUUA